AUGAUUUCCAAUGCCCGCUCCGACACGCUCUUCCUUGGCGGGGAGAAAAUCCUGGGGGACGACGUCCGAAAUCUGAACGUCAUGGCCGCCCUCUCCGUGGCCAAUGUCGUCAAGCUGUCCCUCGGCCCCGUCGGGUUGGACAAGAUGCUUGUCGAUGACAUUGGUGACGUCACCGUCACCAACGACGGGGCAACGAUUUUGGCGUUGCUCGACGUCCAACACCCCGCCGGUAAGAUCCUCGUCGACUUGGCCCAGCAGCAAGACCGUGAGGUGGGCGACGGCACUACUUCCGUCGUGAUUAUCGCCGCCGAGUUGAUGAAGCGGGCCAACGAAUUGAUCAAGAUGAAGAUCCACCCCACCACCAUCAUUGCUGGUUACAGAAUUGCCAUGAGAGAGCUGAUUGCUUAUAUCAACACCGUGCUUUCGCAGCCGGUGUCCAAAUUGGGUAAGGACACCUUAGUCAACGUGGCGCGGACUUCGAUGCUGUCGAAAGUGAUUGGGCCCGACUCGGACUUCUUUGGCGAGUUGGUGGUUGAUGCGAUGAUGAAGGUGAAGACGCAGAACUCGAAAGGCGAGACGAAAUACCCCGUGAAGGCAGUCAACAUUCUUAAGGCCCACGGUAAGCUGGCGCGUGAGCUGUACCUUGUUGACGGCUAUGCUCUCAACUGUACUGUGGCUUCGCAAGCGAUGAAGAAGCAAAUUAAAGGUGCUAAGAUCGCCUGCUUGGACAUCAACCUUCAGAAAGCCCGCAUGGCGAUGGGGGUGCAAAUCAACAUCGACGACCCCGACCAGUUGGAAGAGAUCCGUCAGCGUGAAUACGGCAUCAUCAUUGAACGGAUAAGAAAGAUCCUCGAUGCUGGCGCCAACGUCGUCCUCACCACUAAGGGGAUCGAUGACCUUUGUCUUAAGGAGUUCGUUGAAUCUGGUGCGAUGGCGGUGAGACGGUGCAAGAAGGAAGACUUGCGUCGCAUUGCCCGCGCUACUGGUGCCACCUUGGUGCUGUCACUCGCCAACCUUGAAGGCGAAGAAACCUUUGAAUCGCUGUAUUUGGGUCACGCCGACGAAGUGGUGCAAGCGAGAAUUUCUGACGAUGAAUGCAUUUUGAUCAAGGGUACUAAGCAACACCAAGCGGCCCUGAUCAUCUUGAGAGGGCCCAACGAGUACACCUUGGACGAAAUGGAAAGAUCGUUGCACGACUCGCUCCUGGUGGUGAAGCGCACCCUUGAGCUGGGUUCGGUCGUCCCCGGCGGUGGUGCUGCCGAAACUGCCCUUAACAUCUACUUGGAGAACUUUGCCACCCUGGUGUUCUCCCGCGAGCAGUUGGCGAUCUACGAGUUUGCGCAAGCGUUGCUCGUGAUUCCCAAGACGUUGGCGAUGAACGCGGCCAAGGACUCGCUGGACUUGGUGGCCAAGCUCCGCACCUACCACGCCGCGUGCCAGCUGGCGCCGGCGGCCGAUGCCAAGCGGAAAAAAUAUCGCAACUACGGGUUGGACUUGAUUGAGGGUAAGAUCGUCAACGAGGUCACCCACGGGGUGUUGGAGCCGACGGUGCUGAAGGUGAAGCUGUUGAAGGCGGCGCUUGAGGCGUGUGUGGCCAUCUUGAGAAUCGACACCAUGAUCACCGUGACCCCUGACCCUCCUAAGGAAGACCCCCACGCCCACUGA